GUUCUCAAGCCCGAACAACAGCUCAGUUGGCUGUCCACUCGUUUUAUAUUCAUUUUCUUUUUUAUUUUUUAGGCCCCUCCUUCUUCUUCUUCUUCUUCGAAAUCUCCAGAACUGCAAGUAAGAGGGCGAGAAUAAUUCCACAUUGAAAUCCCAUAUUCUUAUGACUUUAACUCUAUAUUGAUUUUAUCCGUUUUUUCUUGGGAAAAAUCGUUGUGAGUUUAAGAUUUUCCUUUUCUUUUGUUGGUUCGGAUUUUUUUAGGAGAAAAAAAAAAAAAAAACAUUCUUGAAACAGUGGAGCCAUCGGGUUGCAUUUUGUGGGAGAGAUCUGGGAUUUUGUUUCUUUAUUUGGAGGUUUUGGCAGAUUCUUGAUUUUCCAGCAGCUGGGAAACCGGUGAGCUUAGUUUUCUUGAAUAGCAAGAAUUGAAAAUUCAUCAUUCAUGGAUACGGGGGGGAGUUUUGCCUUUGAGAGACGCCAUUGAUUCUGGAAAGCGAGAGAAAAUAAAGUAGAAGCUCAUAGACAUUACGCGCUCUUUCUCUCUCUCUCCCUCUCUCUCUUUCUCAGUGUACGCGUGGCUGUCGGGAUUGGACUCCUGUAAUGCUGUGGUGGAAGCAUUCUGAAACUGAAUCAGAAACAGAGUCGAACAGCUUUGUCUCAGAUGAGUAUCUUUGAUUUCUAACGCAGAUCGUGAAGAAUCACUGUUCCUAGAGAUCUGAGGCUCUUUUGCCUGAAAAGUGUCAUAAAUUUUUGCAACCGAUACAAGCAACAAAGAGAGUUAAAUUUAAAAAAAAAUGAUGAGAAUGAAGACUAAACCGACAGCGCUGUCGCCUAUGAAUGGCGGCUCAAGAGUUGGUGGCAGCGGCGGCGGAGGCGAGACUGGAGCCGAAUGGGAGCUUAGACCAGGAGGAAUGUUGGUACAGAAGCGAAACCCGGACUCUGAUCGGAGCUCCAUCCCCCCACCGACAAUAAGAGUUAGGGUUAAGUACGGGUCAACGUUCCACGAAAUCAGUAUAAGCUCCCAAGCUACAUUUGGGGAGUUGAAGAAAAUGUUGACAGGGCCGACAGGACUGCACCAUCAAGACCAAAAGCUGAUUUACAAAGACAAGGAGAGGGAUUCAAAUGCAUUUCUUGACAUAUCUGGAGUGAAGGACAAGUCCAAAAUUGUUCUCGUUGAGGACCCAAUUAGCCAAGAAAAACGUUUCCUUGAGAUGAGAAGGAAUGCCAAGAUGGAGAAGGCUUCAAAAUCCAUUUCAGAAAUCAGCCUGGAAGUUGAUAGACUGGCCGGCCAGGUGUCCGCCCUUGAAUCUAUAAUUACUAAAGGUGGGAAAGUAGCGGAGAAAACUGUGCCUAAUUUGAUUGAGUUAUUGAUGAAUCAAUUGCUGAAAUUGGAUGGAAUUAUGGGCGAUGGGGAUGUGAAAUUACAGAGGAAAAUGCAGGUGAAAAGAGUUCAAAAGUAUGUAGAGACUCUAGAUAUGUUGAAGUUGAAGAACUCCAUGCCUAAUGGCAAUGGGAAUCACAUACCAAUGCAGCAUCAAGAAAAGCAUAAUUCAAAUGGACAGAGGCUAGCCCCAAUUCAAGAACAACCACCGAGGCAUUCCAAUGGGCAAACGCUAAUACCAAUAGAAGAGGAGCAACCGAGGCACUUGCUGGUUCACCACCACCAUCAGCAGCAGCAGCAGCAGCAGAAUUCGACCUCAGGGGCAGUUGUGGUUACCACACAAUGGGAAACCUUUGAUUCUUUCCCUGCGUUAAUGCCAGUCCCUUCAACAUCCACCUCAGUCACAAAUAAUAAUUCAGUUCAUCAACCCAAGUUCCCAUGGGAUUUCUUCGACUAGGCUCUAUGCCACAUCGCCACGGGCACCUUGAUGUUGUUUCUUCAAAUGUGUGUGGAUGUGCUUUGGAUUUGUCCCAGUUGGUUUGUUAUCAUCUCCAUUCUUUGGUGUAUUUAGAUUUGUUAGCACCCUUUAAAUCUACCAUUCAGUUCAAAAAUAAAUGGGGCUACUGGGAUAGUUCAUUAUUGCUAUUAACUCUUCUUCUCUCUUGUCGUCACAAAUUGAAUUGUGUGGUUCUGGUUUUGAUAGUGAUAGAUACAAAUUUACUUGUGUAUCUCAGUGGAUACUUCAAAGACGGAGGAGAUGUGCAGUGUAUAAUUGGGUGCCCAAUUUGAUUGAUGUGAAGGCAUCUCUGUUUUCCUUAUUAAUGAAACAGUAGUAGUUGAUGAUUAA